AUGGCGAACUUGAAGGCUGCGAGAUUUGGAGCAAUGACUUCCACUAGCGAUUCAAACGAAGCCGAUGGAUACUCUACACUGCUGUCAAGAUCGAUAAUACCCCUGGAAAAUCAAAAUGUGACUUACCAUAAAACCUCUAAUGUUGAAGAUGGCAUGAGUCUACGUGGCCAUGUUCCUUUUUCACAGUAUUCAUUCCUUCAGCUUUCACUAUCGGCCGGCCUGGGGACAGAGGAUAUGGACUAUCUGGGAUCCAAAGGGUGCUUCCAGGUCCCUGCUCAGCCUGCACUAGAUGGAUUGGUGCGCAUGUAUUUUAUGCAUGUGCAUCCAUAUUCUCCAGUGUUGGACGAAGCAAGCUUCUGGAGAGCAUAUCGUCGAGGCCCAUCAAGUGAUGGCAGGCCCGUAUCGCUCUUUGUAUUUCAGGCACUACUAUUCGUGUGCUGUACAUUGUUACUAGACCUGGGUGCCGAAGACAAGGAACUGGAUAAGGCAAGAGGAGCCCUGCUGCUUUCAUACCAAGCUUCAUCCGAUAAUCCUCAGAUCGGAAGCCUCAUGCUAGGAACUGCGAUACAAAACUGCACGAUCGCAGAUAAAACAGCUUCCACGUCACCCUUUGGCAUGGAAAACCCACUCAUUAAGCGCGUAUGGUGGUCAAUCGUCCUGCGAGAUGGGUUUAUCUCGCUGGCAUUCCGACGCAAUACUCAGAUAAACUGGUCGAAUCCUAAUCUGAAAGCAAAGUUUUUGGAUGAGUGCGAUCUCGAAAACGAGAUGGAGAAUUCUGAAGUCUACGACCGAACGGUAAAACGAUUUCUUAUCAAGACCUUUGAAAGGCAAUGCCAGUUGGCUGUUAUAGUCAUUGAAAUGAUGUCUGCAUUUUUCCCACAACAGUAUCGUUGCAGCUAUGGGUCUAUCGAUGAGGUCAUGAGAGCCAUGAAAGAAAUACAGGAUGUCAAACAUGCUUUUUCCUGUUGGGAACAAACAAGCUACGAAGUUCUAUACCCAGAAGAACAACCGUGGCCAGAUGCGGCCACAAACUUCACCAAUAUGACUCGUGCAUACUACUUUACCGCCAAGAUUCACUUGAUACACUGUGAAGCAUUUAUCCUGGAAUCGAAUAGGUCGAUUGCCACAGAUGAAGUUAUUAUGCAGACGAGAGACUCCGCACGGAAUCUCAAGCACGCAGUUACUGAAGUACUUCGAGUUUUGGCGAACAUGAGUAAUGCCCAAAACAAGGAGACUAUUCCAUUGAGCACGCUCGCUCUUAUGGCAUGGCCUUUAGCUAUAGCUGCCAUCGAUGUUAACCUGGCACGGACAAAUGAAGAUAAUAUACAGCGGACGCAGCAGAUGAGUUGUCUAGGCGAAAUUUAUCGGUAUCUGACCGGUGUUGCUGAUGUUACGAGCUUUGUCACUGCGGGGGCGAAGCAGAUCUUACUUCUUGCAAAUAUGGCAGUGCAGCAACUCCUGAAUCGAGGUCAAACGACAAGCCCCUCCUCAGUACUGGCCAACAGAAUUCGUGGAAUUAGCCCCCUUUGGUGUGAGAGCAGCCCCGAGGGUGGUCAGAAUAAUGAUCUGCGUGAUUGGGUUGACAUCUUCAACCAGUAUCCCGAAGUCUAUCUGUUGAUAUCCAAAUCCACUGACUAUGCCCUGUCUUGUGGUCGCUUACCGGAUCAAGAUAAGUUGCCUGAGUGUCUUCGAUCGGCGAAUACUUUCGGUGCUAUGGACCUCAGGCUACCAUGGCUAAAUGGCCUCACUUUCGAUGGAGGGAGACGAGCCCCACGAUCAAUAUCAUGCGAUGCAUUAAGAACAGAGCAACGUCGAUCAUUUCAGGACGCUCUGUGCGAGAAAGUCAUACCGAUCUCUUUCGAAGGUACACUGGACUUCCAAUCAAGUGUGAUAGGUGACCAGAGCUUUCAAGCACAUGAGAACUCAAGGGAGCUACACGAUACAUUGCAUACUAUCGAAGAGAGCAUACCGAGUGAUUUUGCGCUAUCAACAGUGCCCGAAACCAGCUAUCUCGAAUCCAUAGAUAAUAUGGGUCAUCUCACACAAUCACAAAAGAGCAGCCUUACCCCCAAAGAAGGCGAUUCUCUGGAUCCAUUCCAAGCGUCACUUGCGGACCCUGAUUAUUGGGGUGGAUUCGGACAAUUGGACCUCCGUGGCGCAUAUCUUGAACCUGAAUUGUGGUCUAGUCUUUGA